UUAGUAACCAUUGCAAUUAUACUAAUCUACAGAGGUUGAAAACCGUACGCGCCAUUUGAGGGCAUUUACCAAAAAUGAACUUCCUCCUGCACCGUCAACGUACUCCCGGAAAGGUAAUUCCGGUUCCGAACGAGCUGAAGGAGCUUAUGCUGGAAAUAAGCCGCGAAGUACUGCGGGCACAACCAAAAAGUGUCAUUCAUUUUAUCGCCGACUAUCUAGAAGCGAAGCUGAUCCGUCGAGAGAAUCAGGUGGUGGCGGACAAGGUCGUGGAUACUGUCUUGGACACCAGCUUGGACAUAAUCAACAUGUUGGAUGAGAUGGGAUUGAACCAGGAGAAAGCCGAACAGGCGGUUCAUAUGAUAAGGGACGCUUUUCAGAAACAUUUCAAGAUUCGGAUGUCGGAUGAACAUCUGAGGGAGGCUUUUCGUGAAGCUGAAGUGCUGAAAAGGUUGAUAGAGGAGUGCGGAUUCACCGAGAGUGAAGCGUUGAAAGCAGGGAAAAUAAUUGAGAGGGCCUACAAGACAUAUUUCUUGAGAAACGUAUACAAGGACUAUCAUCGACCAGCGGUAACAAGCGAUUGGGAAGAAGCGGCUAAACAUACACUUGGAAUUUAUGCGCAGAGUGGAGCAACGAAGGAGGAGAUGGAACGGGCGGCUGUAAGAAUACAAGCAACUUAUCGAGGGUACUUCACACGGAAGCGUCAAGAGUUGGACCGUAAAGCUGCAGUUAUACAGGAAGCGUACAGAAAACAUCAGGACAAACAAAUUACUACCGAGGUUUUGGAUCAGAUCAUAGACGAUGUGAUAGAACCAAAGUUUUCAGCACGGGAGGAGGUGUUGCGCAUACUUGACAUGGUUUUGAACGAAAAACCCUCUCGGGAACUAACGGAAGAAACCGUAAAUGAUGCUGCAAUCAAAAUCCAAUCCGCUUAUCGUGGAAGUAAAACACGAAAAGAAGUGAUGGCAAUGGAGCUUCCAACAGCAGGGCCAUCAAAUUACUCUAAAGAAAGAGAUGAAGGAAUUUCGGACCCACCACCACGAAUCAGCUCCGAAGGUUCCCUUGAAAAAGCAGCCACUUUGACGCAGUCCCUUGCCAGAGGUCAUCUGACCCGCAAGAAGAUUCAAACGGAGGAAGCCGCCAUCAAGAUACAGAGUCUAGCAAGAGGUCACAUAGCUAGAAAGCAGUUGUCAGCCGCUCAGAGCCAGCAGGACAAAUAGUUAACCUUCCAAUGCCAUAACGGCGACGACGACGACUGGUCUAAUAAGGGCACGCAGUUGAGGUCAUGGAAACAGAGACAUUGAAAUUUUUGUUUAAUAAACUUACCAUU